UUGCAUCGUUUCAUCGCAGACGGAAAUGGCUGCAUUGAAGGUGUCCCAGAAGAAGCCAAUCCGAGGCCAUUUUCCCAACACACCAACACCUGUACCAAUUGUGCUGCGGCCAAGAUGACCGUUCAGCAUAUAACCGUUGCCUCGGCUACGAGGUUGGUUGAAAAUAGACCGUACAGAGGAGCAUACUACCUGACCGGAAGAGAAGGGAUAGCAACAAACCAUCGGGCAACAUUGGCCGUCACGUCUGGCUUGAGUAUGAUUGCUGAACUCAUUUUGCGCUGGCGAGGUCUUCUCUUCAUCGGGUUUGAGGAGAAAAUGGCCGAUCCAAGAGUCGAACCCCAUAGCACCUCGAGGUUUAGCCAUCAUUGGAUGUUUCCACAUAUUCUCGUUAUACCUGACUUGAUUUCUGGUGAAAUUCCAGCAUUUUCACAUGACAUAAAUGGUACUAUUUAG